AUGCCGCGCCGCCUUAAAUGCCUAAGUGAGUUGGAAAUAGAUAGUUCUAAACUUGCUUUUCAAUCAUAUGAUUUUGCUAGUAACAUGUCCGGUCGUUUUAAUGGCGUACAAAAAAAAAUUACAGAUAUCGUCGAGCACAAUGUACCUUACAUUCCCUGUCAAGAUCACAGGACUAAUACAGUGCUUGAACAUGCUUGUAACGUAAGUGCAUUGAUUAGAAACUUUUUUGACACUCUUGAAGAACUUUACGUAUUUUUUACAUCAAGCACAAAAAGAUUUAAACACCUGCAAGAAAAAAUACAAGAAAUAGAUAAAUCAGUUCAACUUAAAACCCUUUCAAGAACCAGAUGGACUGCAAAGGCAGACUCAGUCAGAGCUCUUAACCAAACAGUAGAUCAAAUUAUUGAAGUUCUAUCAGACAUUUCCAAAAAUAGAGAAUUUGAUGGUUCUACAAGAACUAAAGCAUUGGGACUUUACAAAAAGAUUUUAAAUUUUGACUUCAUAGCUAGCUUCUUUUUUCUAAAAAAUAUUUUACCAAAAAUUAAAAUUUUAACUGAAACGAUAGAAACACCUAAUUUAAAUAUAAUAGACUGCAUUAAUUUGAUAAAAACUACUGCCCUUAAUUUAAGAAAUACCGAUUAUGACCAUAACAGUUUAAAUCGUCUAAUUGAAAGUGCCAUAAAAUAUGCCGAAAAAUUAAAUAUUGAUCCUUAUUCUGAUUUUUCGAAAUAUCAUAGACGAAGGAUUAUGCCAAAAAAAAUUGAUGAAAAUCGUGACACUGAAGUCGAUAUGGAUUUAAAAACUUUUUAUAGGCGAGAUUUCCAGGAAAUUUUGGAUACCUUAUCAAGUGGUUUAAAUGAUAAUUUUGAGCAUAUCAAAAAAUCAAUUGAGCCACUGUAUUCAGUUUUAACAUUUCCACUUGAUAAAAGAAAUAUUACCUUAAAGAUUUUAGGUGACAUUGUUGCCAUGUUUCCUCCAGGUUCUAAAAAGCCUGAUGUCCAUUCUUUACAAGGUGAAUUAGAAGUUUUAUUUGAUAUGAACUCUAAAGUAAGUUCUUUUCCUGAACUAUUAUCUAAUGUAACCAAGUUAAAAGAUAAUUUAAAUCAAGCAUUUUGCUUUUGUAUGUUUGUAUUGACUGUACCCUAUGGUGUUUCAACCAACGAAAGGAGCUUUAGUCAAUUAAAAAUUAUUAAAAAUGUGUUAAGAACAACAAUGUCUGAUGAACGGCUUGAUAAUUUAAUGCUAUUAAAGUGUGAAUCUGACAUGGCGUUAAAAUUAGAUUUAGGUUACACAAUUGAUAAGUGGGCAACUCUAAAGAAAAGGCGAAUAAUUUUAAAAUAA